UGUCCGGCUCCGGGAGGCAGAGGUCGUUCGCUCGCUUGCUCGGGCCCUCUGUGGCGGUCGGCGGACAAGUCGGUCGCGAUAGUAGGGCGCCGUGCAGGGGCGAGGCUAUGUCGCGGUGGCAGUCCGCAGGGGCCGGCAGGGCCAGGAGUAACGGGACGUCGCCGCGGAGCUUCUUCCCCCGGAUACAGUGCGGCCCGAGUGGAGGCCGCGGCGCCUCCGCCCGUUCUUGAGAAGCCCGCGCCGCGCAAGGCCCACCCCGCCUUUUCAGCCGCACCGACGCCCAUCGACCUGACCCUGCCGAGUCUGGCCCGGCCCGAUUGAGCGCGGCGCAAGCAGGCAGCACUAGCCCCUGGAGCACAGAACCCUUCCCGAGGACAUGAAGCUGCUGGAGAACUCCAGCUUCGAGGCCAUCAACUCGCAGCUGACCGUGGAGACGGGAGAUGCACAUAUCAUUGGCAGGAUCGAGAGCUACUCGUGUAAGAUGGCGGGUGACGACAAGCACAUGUUCAAGCAGUUCUGCCAGGAGGGCCAGCCACAUGUGCUGGAGGCUCUGUCCCCACCCCAGACCUCAGGCCUCAGCCCCAGCAGACUGAGUAAGAGCCAAGGUGGCGAGGAUGAGGGCCCCCUCAGCGACAAGUGCAGCCGCAAGACCCUCUUCUACCUGAUUGCCACGCUCAAUGAGUCCUUCCGGCCGGACUACGACUUCAGCACAGCCCGCAGCCAUGAGUUCAGCCGGGAGCCCAGCCUCAGCUGGGUGGUGAAUGCAGUCAACUGCAGCCUGUUCUCAGCUGUCCGGGAGGACUUCAAGGCCCUGAAGCCACAACUGUGGAACGCGGUGGAUGAGGAGAUCUGUCUGGCUGAAUGCGACAUCUACAGCUACAACCCAGACUUGGACUCAGACCCUUUUGGGGAAGAUGGCAGCCUCUGGUCCUUCAACUACUUCUUCUACAACAAGCGGCUGAAACGGAUUGUUUUCUUCAGCUGCCGCUCUAUCAGUGGAUCCACCUACACUCCCUCGGAGGCAGGCAAUGAGCUGGACAUGGAGCUCGGGGAGGAAGAUGAAGAGGAGGAGGAAGAGAGUGGAGGUGGAGGCAGCGAGGGUGGGCCUGAGGAGCCUGGAACCAUGGAAGAGGACAGGGUCCCGGUGAUCUGUAUGUGAAGAGAAGAAGCAGAGGCCCUAGCUUCACCCAGCUUCGACCAGGGCCUGGACCUGCCCACCUGAGGGCCCAGGUCCCGGCGCUGCCACAGCACCAGCCCACCCUAGGCCAUGCCUGCCUAGCCCUUGGCUCUAGCCUGUGGCUGUCUACUCACCGCCACAGGCUGCUGCUGCCCACUGUGGCUGGACUAGACAGCACAGCGCCUGGUGGGAAGAGCCACUGCCCUGCUCACACAAACUGACACUGGCAGGGGCUGCUGGACCGCAGAGUUUAUUUUUGUAUUUUGUGUGGGCUCAGGCCUGGGCCUUCACACUCCAGCCUAAACGGCCGGAGACCCAGCAAGUGGUCCCAGGGCUCAUCUGCCCACUUGUACCCCGCCACCUUGCCCAUUGGGCAGCGUGCACUGAGUGUCACUUUGCUGCAGCUGGUUUGUUUCCAAUAAAAGUUUCUGUGACUUAG